CUCUUCUCACCAGUCACCACUAGGCCCCUCUAGUCUAUAAGGUGAGCUAGCCAUGGAUCCUCUGCAAUAACAGUGCUAGCUCCAUGGCGUUCUUCAGCAGCGGAUCGCGAGCGCUGGUGGAAAUCCUGACGCGAUUGCAGAGUGCUGAACGGCCAAUGCCAGUUGAUCAUACAUUGUUUGAGUUCGGGUCAAUCCGGUAUCAUUUACAGGUUUCAAUGACAGAUUCAGAAAAUGUGUACUUGUCGAUAUCAACACCAUCUCUUUCCUACGAGGCUUCACCAUCCAGAGGCUUGCCUGAAAUCACGUUACAAGAGACAAGGAAAUUGUGCCACAAAUUUGCAGAGAUCAUCGAGCCUCCAAAAGAAGGAUACGCUCUGACACUGAAACUGAACUUCUCUGGCCUUACUCGACAGAAAGAUCGCAUCAAGGCUAUUAACCAGAUAUCAUUGCUGCAAUCCGUCAUCCUUAGCUCGCAGCUCAAGGACGUGCUGGGGAGCCUCGGUUCAUCCGGCACGAUGAAGCUCGUGUAUAACCAAAGGGAUCAUUUUUUCGUCAGCAAAACGCCAGUGAAGAUAAACGCCAUAUUCCCCAUGCGUUUCAAGGACGACACGGACCUCGCCAUUGCGUCGUCGUUCUUCCAGGAGGUGCAGGAGCUCGGGAGCACGUCGUCGUUCUCCGGGGCGCCGCGGUGCAGCUGGUCGCCGAUCCCGCCCCCGGAGCUGCGCGGGGAGUACGUGCACCACCUCACCACCAACGGCGGAUUCGUGUCGUUCGACAUACUGGCGCGCCACGUCAAGGGGAGGAAGGCGGCCAGGACGGCGUGGAUCCUGCUCAACUUCCAGUCCUACGUGAAAUACCACAUCAAGUGCACCCGGAGCUACAUCCAGAGCAGGAUGAGAAAGCGCCUGGAAAUCAUGACAGAGGUGAUCGAUGAUGCGAAGGUCAGAGGAAACGAUGAGAACAGAAAGAAGCUACAAGUGAGUAGUAAGAGGAGCAAGAGAAGAGCAAUCAAAUUCGCGAGAGCCAAGAAGAAGAUCCAGAAGAGUUUCAAAGCCGUCGUCGACAAGAUGAAGCGGCUGCGGCUGAGGAUCAGAGUGAAGGGCCUGGACCGGUUCAGGAGGCACUGCCAGUGCUUCUCGCUGCCCAAACUGACGAUGGCACAGAGGAAAGGGCACAAGUACCAGAAACUGGAGUGAAUUCUAAUCAAGUUUAACGCCUAAUCACUCACCUUUUUGCACAACACAGCCACAACCGUGCUGAUUCAUACAUGAUCGGACGAGUGAUGGACAUCCAUUCAGAAUUUUAGACAGAGGACAUUACUACAGAAAAAAAGGGCUUACUGGACAGCCAAUAUACGGUUGUUUUAAAAAAAACUCACACAUCAUAGACGACUAUAUUAACGAAUCGUCUUUGAUGAAGCAUCUGGCAUGUUUUUUUCCUUUCUUUUCCUCUUGAAAAAUGAAAGUUGUAUGUUAUUUUUCACGUGUCAAUGGAAGAAUCAGUUUGGAUAGGAUGCAGCACUAUGAUAGAUAGGAGUAUAUGUAUGCAACUGUGGUUGCAUCUGCAUCGGUCUGUACUCUGCACAUCUGUUUCACUGUUUGCAACUAUGUCCUGAUCUUUUACAGUGCCUA